UUUUUUUUUUAAUAUUUUGGUGAAAAUAAAAAAAAAACGAAAAAACAAUACGGAAACACGCUACAAAGUCGCAGAAUUAAUUUUUCAUUAACCCUUUGUGCUCGUUGUUAAAACACUUGUAAAAAUUACGAAUUUUACGUAACGUGAUGUAAUACGUAAUCGUUUCAUAUUAUCAUCCAUUCGUUAAAUGUUUUCAAUUGCGUAUAUGAUAAUUUCAAUAUCAUCACCAUAAUGGAGGGAAUAUCGGCGUGCGAACGAUUUUUCCCCAUUCAAGACAUUUCGGAAGUUGUGCAGUUGUUCAAAUACGAACUGGAAAACACCAAAGAACCAGACUUAGCGUUAUUAUCAAUCGUUGUUGGUAGUAUAGAAAAUCUAUUGACGUGCAAUAGAACAACUGUCGCACCAAAUGAAAGUGAUGUCUUCGGUAACCCGAAAUUACCAGUAAUCGAGUAUAAAAUCGUAGACGCGUUAUACAAGAAAUUCCAGUCUACCAUCAAAGGAUAUGUCGACAUGUCGGUGUUUGGAAAUAUUAAAUAUGCUACCAGGGAACUCGUGAAACGAGUAUCAGACGUGAUAUGGAACUCUCUAACUCGAAGUUAUUACAAAGAUCGAGCUCAUUUGCAGAGUUUAUACAGUUAUUUGACAGGAAGCAAAUUGGAUUGUUUCGGUGUAGCAUUUGCUGUUGUGGCUGGUUGUCAAGUAUUGGGGUUCAGUGAUGUACAUUUAGCUCUCUCUGAAGAUCACGCUUGGGUUAUAUUCGGCGAAGACUCGACUGAGACUGCAGAAGUUACCUGGCAUGGUAAAGGUAACGAAGAUAAAAGAGGACAAUCAGUGGAUGCUGGCGUUGCUUCAAAGUGCUGGCUUUAUUUGAACGGUUGCCCAGUCAGGUGUAACAGAUACAUGGAGGUUGCCGCUCUAGUAUCAGCUAUUAAUCCCAGUUUGAACGUAAACAGCGACGCUAUUGAGGUGGCAUUGUUGCAACAAGAGUUGUUAUGGUUGUUGUACGAUAUGGGUCAUCUUUCCAAGUACCCAAUGGCGAUCGGCAAUUUAGGUGAUCUUGAGGAAAUAAAUCCUUCACCAGGUAGACCAGCUUGCUCUUCGCUGUUUCAAGAGGCUAUUUUAGCUGCUCGUUUGUAUUAUAAGAAUAUGCACGUUUAUCCGUAUACGUACCAAGGAGGAUACUUCUACAGACAUAAUAUGUACAAAGAAGCUUUCGAAAGCUGGGCCAAUGCUAGUGAUGUUCUGAAACAGUACAACUACACUCGAGACGACGAAGAAAUCUACAAAGAAGUGAUGGAAAUAGCCAACGAACUAAUUCCGCACAUAAUGAAAGUAGUGAGCGGUCUGAGCGCUAAAUCUAUCCUCAAAGAUCCCGAAUGUUUCGCGCACCUGUUACGCUUUUACGACGGUAUCUGCCAAUGGGAAGAAGGCAGUCAAACACCAGUACUGCAUAUCGGCUGGGCGAAGCCAUUAGUCAAUACUAUCUCGAAAUUCGACGCACAAGUCCGAGGCCAAGUAACCAUACUAGAGCAAGACUUCAUCAGUGAAACUGGUGACGAGAAUUGUAACAAUGUUAACCCAAGCAAGAACGAAGAACGCCUGGAGAAGGAGAAUGGCAAAUCGAACUUUGUUAGCGAUACGAUUACCAGCGAGAAUUCGAAAAAUGAACUCGAUUCGGCCAACUUGCAUCCAGGUAUUAAGGAGUUAACGGCUGCUUGCGGAGAAAAACUGCUUAAUCGAGAUUUCCUCAUACAAGGCGGUGGCGAACCUUUUGUCGGUGAUUCGGAUGUGAUCAAGGUAUGCCCACCUUUGGCUGGUGAAAACGAUAACGAUGUUUUCGAAAGCGUCGUCAUUACACAGACUCAUCAACCUAGAAUCAUACUAACCAGUGAGAAAAUGAGAGGAUUGAAGAAUCUUCUUUUGGGUGAAAAAUUGAAUACGCAUGCUAUAUCUUUGCAAUUGACUGCUCAGUCUCAGGUACAAGUUGGUAGUAAGAAGUCGAUGUUCAGAGAGUCUUCGGAAUCCGGUAUAAACGUACGCUCUAAAAGAUCUCGACGAGAAUAAACAUGAUUUUACUUCAUUUCAAGACUUACCAGUCUCUAAACAUUACCUGAUUUUCCUUUUCGUUUCUUUCUUUCUUUUUUUUUUCAUUUUUUAAUGUAAGUGAAUCAAAAUUAUUUAUUUAGGACUUAGGUGCACAUGCGCUCGUAAAUUUAUGUAUGUUUGUUUUUUAGCUGAAUUUUCUGUCGUGUCUGCGUGGAAAAAAGUGAGGUUUAGGUCAUCUAUUUUCAUAAAAAUUGACUAAAUUGUUUUAAAAAGUGAUGAAAAAUUUAAAAAUUUUAGAAAAUGAUUCGAAUAAUUAUCUGAAGUGUUCAUUACUGAGAUACAAAAACUUUUUUUUAAAGUACUCAAAAAUCAUUUCAGAAUUUGAGAACAUUUAAUUAAUGAAAAAAAAUUUUUAAUUGGCAAAAAUGAUUUUAAAAUUGGUUAAUUUUUAAAAAAAAUAUUUUCAGCGAUUAGUUUUUAAUUUUUUUGACUUGAUUUGAAUAUUCCAAAAUUUUAUAAAAAGUGCUUUGAAAAUUCACAAAAAUGAUUUCAAAAUUGUAUCAAAUCAUUUGAAUAACUUUGAAAAAUUAUUUUGAAAUUUUUCAAUGCUUCAUGAAAACAAUUUAAAAAUAUCACAAAAACACUUAUUUCAAAAAUUUGUAAAAAUCAUUUCAAAAUUUUGUAAAAAUUACUCGAAUAUUCACAAUCAAAAAUUAUUUCAAAAAUUUGAAAUGGUUUGAAUAAUCACGAAAACUAUUUUGAAAAUUCACUGUCAAAAAUUUGUUCAAAAAUACUUUCGAGGCCCCCCCCCUCCCCUCCAAAUUGCUUUAAACAUUUUUAACGUUUUAAAUACUCAUUCACAAUAAUAAUAAUGUUUUUUAAAUCUUCGAUAAUUAUUUUAAAAUUGUUUCAAAUAAUCACGACACUUUUUUCCAUGCUUUGCAAAUAUUUUGAAAAAAAAAAAGAAAAACAAGAUAUGUAAUUUUGAAUUUAAUGGUCAGAAUUACUUCGAUAAUUUGAAAUAAUUUACCUGCUCCGCAGCGACAAUGUAUUGAAAAUUCAGCUAAAAAUUUUCGUAACUCACAAAACUCUGGAAAGCAGAAUUUUUUCCAAUGUACCAAUCGAUAACCAUAUCAUUAAAAUGAACAUACGAUCGCCUUUUCAAAAAAAAUAGAUCAUCAUUGCGAAAAAUACAUUCUGUUUGAACGUAUUACAUGUUCUUAGAAAGAUGAAAGACAAUGAUUCAUUGAGACGGUAAACGGUUCUAAUUAAUGAGCGUACUAAUAGUAAGUGUUUUUUUUCCCUUCGUUUUAAAUGUAAUUCAAAGACGAACGGCUCUGUUGUUGGAAACAUUCCAGGAUUUUGUUGUUAUUGUUGUUGUUUUUUCGUCAACUUUCAAAUGUGUCGGCAAUUAAAAAUACCACGUUAGAAAAAAGUCGCUCUUUGAUCAUACAACGUGUAAUUAAUAAAAUUUAAUAAUGGUAAAAGUUAAAGCGAUCGUACGUAUUUUAAAUUGCACGUGUAGUAUACUUUUUGACAAAACUAUUCGCAACUUGAUUGAAUUAACCAACCCCAACGGUGAUUAAAACAUAAGUUCUCAACAAUGAUACCGAUGUCGUUGACAAUUAACAAAAUUUAGUCGCAUUUGUGCCAUUAAUUUUUCGCGUUGCCUUUUAACUUUGCAAUCUUUACCAUUUUAUACCUUGGAAAAAAAAUGUGAUCGAUGAAUGUACACGAACCACAUUGAAUUUGUCGACGAAAUCCAUACAAUGUGAUAAAUUUAAAAUGAAAAAAAAAAAUACGGCAUUGUGUAUUAGUGAUUGUUAAAGUUAAACUAUUCAAUGUUCUAGUUCCUCUUAUUGUUAUUAUAAUUUGUUUUUAACUUUUAGCAUAUCUUUCCUCAGAGAAUUUAGCUAUAGAAUAGAUGCAUAAUAUUAUACUAUUAAAAAAAAAAACCUCGUCGUGCGAAGGUAAUUGAGUUUUAUAAUUUUACGUAUGCCCUUAUUUUUUUAUUAUUUUUUUUUUCUUAUAAUUUCACAUGCGUUUUUGGUUUAUUUUUAAGUGCGUUGUUCCUGGUUCGCUUUUGAGCAAAAUUUUGAAGACAAUAUGAGUGUUUUAGUUACCGCAAAAACGCUGUUAUACUAUCACAUUUUUAUUUUUUUAUUUUAUUUUCAAACUUUUAUUGUAUUUUUCUUUUUUUUUUUUAUUAUUUUUUUCGGUUGAAAAUUAAUUCAAUUUGGCGUGAUUGAAACAUCAUAAUAACUCGAUUACCAUUUGCUUGAGAUUAUUUUUAAAUGUUUUUGUCUUAUUUUAUCGUGUUAGUUUUAAUUGUUAAUUUUUACCCAGUCAAGUUUUAAGCCUCCUUUUUUUUUCUUCGGGGAAAUUCAUCGUGUCGUUGGAAGUGUGUUUGCAGAUGUGAUAGACCGAUGUUUUUGAUUGAAAAUUUUUUUUUAUCAAUAUUACGUAUUGCGGUGGUUUUUUUCAUCUCAAUUAACCACAUUAAAAAUAUGUAAAAAAUCGACCAACUUUUCGGUUUUAUAAAAAUCGGUAAAAAUUGUUUUCAAAAAAAUCUCAAAGUUUUACUUUUUUCCAAAAGUUAUCUGAAAGUUUCAUUUUUUUGAUAGAAAAUAACUAAAUAGCCCAUUCGCUGAAAUUGUCGAAGUCUCGUUUUUCGCUAAAAAUUAGCUGCUGGCAAAAAUUACCAAAAGAUAAAAACCAAGGUUUUUUGGUCAUUUCUUUAUUCAUGCUUUGUCAUUUUGGAAAUUUGGUUAUUUUUUUUGGGGGGGGGGGGGAUUGAGUAAGAUUCAUAAAAUAUUGCAAAUUAUACAUUCCACGACACGAACCAAUCGACAAGUCUUCCAACAGAAUCAUAUUACCCUAAAUGGCCGGUGAGGGGAGGGGGAGGGGGGAACAGAAACUCAGAAAGACCAUACAUGUAUAAUUAUAAUUAUAUAGGAUGUAGAUGUUCCUGGUAUCGACUUCAACUUUGAGAUACUGUCAGUUCACUUCUGACAGAUGUAUCGAUUGGUAAUUUUGAUAUUGUCUUUGAACAGGGACAGAUACUAAUGUUCAGAGUGAAUCAAAUAGAGCUAUAAAAAAAAAUUCUGCAGUGUAGACUACAUCGCAAUCGAGCCUUUUGUGAAAAAUGACGGGGUAAAAACAAAUUCCACGGUGAAAUUUACUACAUACUUCGAUACCGGUAACGUAAUUAAAUUUAAUGAAGUGCAGUAUGGCUGUGAAAAAAAUUUUCUAGGAUGCCAGGAGAUAUUAUUUUUAAAAGAUUUUUAAACGUACCACUUGUAAUCUCUAUAUGAUUUAUUUUACAUGUUAAGAUAUUUUUAGGUUUGUGAUAUAUUCUAUUUUAUAUAUGCUGUUAAUUUUUAUGUACUUUUUUCCCUUUUUUUAUUUUUAAUUCUAUUAUUUUAAUAAGUAAUGUACGGUUUUGUGACAGUAUUUUUCAUAUUCUUCUUCCUAAAAAAAAAAAAAUUACUGAACAGAAAAAUCAUCGAUGAAACAUAAACUGUGUACUCAGUAUUAUUUGUACGUACAGUGGGGAGCCUAUACAUAUUUUCUUUAUUUAAAUCCCUUUUCUUUUUUCUUGACGUCACAUUUGAUGAUAGGUAUUUUUUUUAAAAUAUUCUUUCUACCCUAAUCUCCUUUUUCCCAUGACUGUAAAAUGAGUUUUGAUUUUUCAUUAUUAAAAUUUUUAGUGCAUAGAUGUUUUACUCAUGAAAAUACUGAAUUUAAUAGAAACAUUUUAAAAUAAAAACCAUAAAAUUUUACAUUAUUAGAGACUUUUGUUACGUAGAGAUACCUAUUUUCCCAUAUUGCUUGUUACAUUUUACAUUAUUAUACCUACCGACGUAUUAAACAUUCCGUUUUUUUUUUUAAUUUUCUGCAUUUAUAUAUGUUUAUUGUUUAUAUGUUAAUUAGAUGUUACGAUUUAUUUGAAUAUGUUAUUCGUUAAUGUAAAGUUAAGUUUACAUAAUUAACUUUUGAAGUUAAUCAGAAUUGUUUUGUUAUCUAGUACAUAUAUUUAAUAUAUCAGCUAAUAUUUUUGA